GCGCUCGGUCACACUGCGCAAAAGCGUAUAUAUUAAGUGCAGUGUACCAAAGGUCGACGUCAAACUUCACAUGCGUCUUUUUAGCAAGACUCGGAUACCGGUGUAUUUUGGCGCUGUUCUCUAAACGCUGUAGUUCCCCCGAUUAUUUUUAUUCUUAUCCUUCUCUUGAAACUACUAAGAACUUCUUAUUGGCGUCUCCGCUGUGAGCUUCUCGUCGCCGGAACUGCUCCUCCUCAACGGCAAGGGCAUAACAGGGAACAUGCAAGGGGCAAAAACAGUUUUAUCACAUGGAACCAUCCUGAAAAAUGCAGUUCUUCAACACAUCCGUCUGGUAAAUCCACUCUUGCGGCCUGUUCUAUUUUCACGUUUCGAGUCUCUUACAUCUGCUCGCAUGGAAGAGCAUGGAUUUGAAAGCACCACAAUUCUAGACGUUUUGAAAGCAAAAGGUAAAAGUGCAGAUGGAUCCUGGCUUUGGUGCACCACUGAUGACACAGUUUAUGAUGCAGUGAAGUCGAUGACACAGCACAAUGUUGGAGCUUUGGUGGUUGUGAAGCCAGGAGAGCAAAAAUCAAUCGCUGGAAUCAUCACUGAAAGAGAUUAUCUAAGAAAGAUAAUAGUACAAGGAAGAUCAUCCAAGUCAACAAAGGUUGGAGAUAUCAUGACUGAAGAGAACAAGCUGAUUACAGUCACACCUGACACCAAAGUUCUGCGGGCAAUGCAACUGAUGACAGAUAAUCGCAUCAGGCACAUUCCUGUGAUUGAUGAUGAGGGAAUGAUAGGCAUGGUGUCAAUUGGAGACGUGGUUCGAGCUGUGGUGAGUGAGCAUCGGGAGGAGUUGGACCGUUUGAAUGCAUACAUACAAGGAGGCUAUUAAUUGAUGAUGACGACAAUGUCUAAAUCUUCAAAACCAGCAGUAAGCUUGAUGCUUUGUAAAUACAGUGUGCUGUGUGGAUCUCCUAUUACAUGGUUGUGUGCGCUUCCAGAUACUGGAAGCUUGUGCUGCGGCUAAACCAGCAUGCGGCCCAAACUAGCUAAUAAGCAUGCUGGUCAUGAGAAUAACUCAGCGUUUUAGGUUGUGCUCCGUACAACUCUUAAUUAUUAGCAAAAUUACUUUCUUCGCCA